AUGCACAAUUGGGCGUAUGCACCAAAGUAAGUCCGCGUUGUGGAAAUUCUCUGUAUUGUGCAGGCCUCCGUAGUUUAUUAAACUUUCCUGACUGACACUGACCUGUGUUUUGAAGCUGCUGGAAACGUAGUUACAUUUUACAGGAAAUGAAAGGUAUUUAACAACAGCUACAUGGAUAACUGAGUAGUUGUAUUUUGUAAAUCUCGGUCUAGCUUGCUAGCUAAGUAGCCUGGCUAAAUUGCCAAUCAUAACUAAGUUAGCUGUCGUUUAUGACUAGCUAGCAAUCUCGCUAAUUUAGCUAGCGGCUGCAUGUGAUGGCUGAAUGUUGAGCUACUAGCUAAAUGUGAUGUGUCUUUUUCAGGAGGAAUGUGGUUAUGAUGUGUUCUUUGGCUCUGUUCCCCCCUCCGCUGCCCGGCGAUGGAGAGACUUCUCACUACGACGAGUCCAACACAGAUCCAGCCGUCAGGUUUGGGGUGGGUGGGCUAUCGUAUCAAUGUCCAUCCUACGAAUGUUACUAGUCACCACUAGCUACAGCGUAAUUUACUGAGUUGCCACAAACUGUCUGUCACUGCAUUGCUUGGAUGAUUAAUGUUAUCACCUAAUAUUAGGCAAAGGUGUGUGUGUGUGGUGAGAGCGAGAGAUACAGUAUGUAUAAUGUUAAAUGUGUUUCCAUUUACUGUAGGAUUCGCCUGCUCUGAAUCUGUACUUCCCGCGAGAGUUACUGAAGCCUCAUAGCCGGCCAGAGAGCAGCAGCAAGGCAGCCUUUAGGGACCACUGUGAGACACUGUACACAAGGAGUGCAGGGGCUUGGUGUGUCACUCACUCACGCACGCACAACACACACAGUCCAUUCCAAAGCCCUGUUCACUAAUCCCCACCUCUGUGUCUGUCUGCUAGGCGUGAUGCAGGCCUCUCUGGACUCCUAAAUGAGAUCGCCAACUCCAGUGCAGAGGGUGAGUGCCAUGUUGUCAUAAUUCUUUCACUGUCAUGAAAGUAUUACAAGCAGCGUGUUCUAUCAAUCAAGAGUUUGUAUCUUUAAAGACGAUCUGAAACAUUUUUCCACGGUUAAGGUCAUUUUGAUAACCAAAUGUGACAAAGAAGCAUGUUCCUACCCUUAAAACUGCUGGAAAAUGAAUUUGUUAAAAUAUUUAAAUUUUGCCUCAGCUGACUGCUGUGUGCCACCAUCUUCAUAACGUAUCGUCAAUGACAUCACUUGAAUGGUUAGUUUGACAGGCAGCCCAGAUUACAUUGCAUGUUAGUAGCAUCAUUGAGAAUGUAUUUAUUUUGACAACAAUAAAAACAUAGGAAAAUAAGUGCCAUUUUAGAAGGCUAUUCUGUUAGAAACUAGCCAGGUAACAUGGCAUGAUAAAUUGACUGUGCAAGGUGGGCUUUCAUAGCUAGCCCAAAACCACACCAAGCUCAGCUAUCAUUGAUGGAUAUUUUGCUAUCUAGUGACGUUAGCAGAACGGCUUGCUACAGUGAUUUCACUAUGGACAUUGGCAGCAUCAUUUGUUAAGUCUCAAAACUACCUGCAAUUGAUUUAAUAGGAGUGGACACUGUUAACAACCCUACAUAUCUGUAGCUAACUCUUUCAGAACAGACACCUAGCUAGCUAGCUAACUACAGUGGCUUGCAGUAUCCCCCCCACCCAUUAUUUUUACUAUUUUGUUGCCUUACAACCUGGAAUUAAAAUAGAUUUUUUGGGGGGUUUGUAUCAUUUGAUUUACACAACAUGCCUACCACUUUGAAGAUGCAAUUUUUUUUAUUGUGAAACAAACAAGAAAUAAGAUUAAAAACUUUUAAAAAACUUGAGCGUGCAUAACUAUUCACCCCCCAAAGUCAAUAUUUUGUAGAGCCACCUUUUGCACAAUUACAGCUGCAAAUCUUUUGGUAUGUCUCUAUAAGUUUGGCACAUCUAGCCACUGGGACUUUUGCCCAUUCUUCAAGGCAAAACUGCUCCAGCUCCUUCAAGUUGGAUGGGUUCCGCUGGUGUACAGCAAUCUUUAAGUCAUACCACAGAUUCUCAAUUGGAUUGACUAGGCCAUUCCAAGACAUUUAAAUGUUUCCCCUUAAACCACUUGAGUGUUGCUUUAGCAGUAUGCUUAGGGUCAUUGUCCUGCUGGAAGGUGAACCUCCGUCCCAGUCUUAAAUCUUUGGAAGACUGAAACAGGUUUCCCUCAAGAAUUUCCCUGUAUUUAGCACCAUCCAUCGUUCCUUCAAUUCUGACCAGUUUCCCAGUCCCUGCCGAUGGAAAAACAUCCCUACAGCAUGAUGCAGCCACCACCAUGCUUCACUGUGGGGAUGGUGUUCUCGGAGCCAGACAUAGCGUUUUCCUUGAUGGCCCAAAAGCUCAAUUUUAGUCUUAUCUGACCAGAGUACCUUCUUCCAUAUGUUUGGGGAGUCUCCCACAUGCCUUUUGGCAAACACCAAAUGUGUGUGCUUAUUUUUUUCUUUAAGCAAUGGCUUUUUUCUGGCCACUCUUCCUUAAAGCCCAGCUCUGUGGAGUGUACGGCUUAAAGUGGUCCUAUGGACACAGCUCCUUCAGGGUUGUCUUUGGUCUCUUUGUUGCCUCUCUGAUUAAUGCCCUCCUUGCCUGGUCCGUGAGUUUUGGUGGGCAGGUAUGUUGUGGUGCCAAAUUAUUUCUUUUUGUAAUAAUUGAUUUAAUGGUUCUCCGUGGGAUGUUCAAAGUUUCUGAUAUUUUUUUAUAACCCAACCCUGAUCUGUACUUCUCCACAACUUUGUCCCUAACCUGUUUGGAGAGCUCAUUGGUCUUCAUGGUGCCGCUUGCUUGGUGGUGCCCCUUGCUUAGUGGUGUUGCAGACUCUGGGGCCUUUCAGAACAGCUGUAUAUAUACUGAGAUCAUGUGACAUAUCAUGUGACACUUAGAUUGCACACAGGUGGACUUUAUUUCACUAAUUAUGUGACUUCCGAAGGUAAUUGGUUGCACCAGAUCUUAUUUAGGGGCAUCAUAGCAAAGGGGUGAAUACAUAUGCACGCACCACUUUUCCGUUAUUUAUUAUUUUGAAUUUUUUAAAAGAAGUUAUAUUUUUUAUUUCACUUCACCAAUUUGGACUAUUUUGUGUAUGUCCAUGACAUGAAAUCCAAAUAAAAAUCAAUUUAAAUUACAGGCUGUAAUGCAACAAAAUAGGAAAAAACGCCAAGGGGGAUGAAUACUUUUGCAAGGCACUGUAGCUUGCAUUGACUGAAUACUUGUUUUUCUAGCCAGCUUUUUCUAGCCCAGCUAGCCUCUCCUAGGUUUGGCGCAUCUGAAGUUCCUCACUACAAACCAUAUUGAAUACCGUUUUAUGCGUAGAGUGACUUCAUUAUUGUGGGCAUUACCAUGCAGUUAGCUUGUUGGCUAACACAGUACGAUCCGAUAUCCAUGUCAAAACUACUGUAAUGUUUAACACGGCUAGACCUUACUCGCUGAAUGAACACAAAAACAUGUGCAAGUGGGUUUUUGAAUGGACUAUAGACUCUUAUUUGAUUCUAGCUACCUGCUUUGUUAUUGUGGACAUCAUGCGUUUAGCUAGCUUACCAAUGUCGGGUAACAGUAGAGCCGAUGCCCAUGUAAUGUAGCCUACAGCUGAAUGUGCUCAAAGAUUUACGCAAAUAGAUUUUCGACCGGACUAUACAGGCUUGUUAACAUGGUUGUGAGUAUUUUAUUGUUUUUCUAUCUCAAAUUGAUUGUUUUAGCUUUUAGUUUAUUCACUUCUUGAUCAGUGACUUGAUCCAAAAACCCAUGAGUAAAGUAGGCGUGUGGAUGCUCUACCAUUCCCAUUAUGUUGUUUGAUUAUGGCUGCAUCUCUCUAAGCUUGUGCUAGGUGCAGGAAAACCUUAAAAUAUGAUGUUCUAAAAGCAUUUUCAUAGCAUCACGUUCAACAAGGUUACCUAACAUCGAAAUGUAAAACAAUGUUUUAGGUUGAGUUGAGCGUUUCAGUUCCACUUUAAUUGUGUGUGUGUUCCCAGUGCCCAAGUGGCUAGGGGUGAGCUCGAGCUGUCUCCUGGCCUUGCUACGGUGGGUUUCCUCCUUCCACAGCUCUCUGUUUCCUCACCUCACAGUAAGUGGCCCAGAGUCAGUCAUUUAACAUGACUAAUACUCAGGCAGUACUAAUCGGACAAUACAGAACUUGCCAGGGUGUGUUGGAUUCUGCAGGCUUCUCUGGCAAAUGUAGUCAUAUAGGGCCACAAGGACCCAGGUUCAAACCCAGUCAAAGGCCUACAUAUGAUAUUAGAAUGAGUGGUGUAAACAUUGAGAUCCUAUAAUGUAAUCCCAUGGGUGUAAAUACAUCAAUCCCUGGAUGUCCACUCUUAGGCUACGUUUACACUGGCAGCCGUAUUCAGAUCUUUUUUUCCACUAAUUGGUCUUUUGACCAAUUGCAUCAGAUCUUUUCACAUCAGAUCUUUUUCAGAGCUGAUUGAUCAAAAGACCAAUUAGUGGAGAAAAAGAUCAGAAUUGGGCUGCCUGUGUAAACGCAGCAUUACAUGUCCAGCUGCUGACAUACAGACUAAAACAGAUGUAACGUUGUCUUCAGUUGAGCAGAGAGGAAAUGACCGCCGAGUUCUCCCAAGUGCUGGACUGGUAAGACCACCUUUUAGUUGAUGAAUCCCCAAUCGGAUCCUUAAAUAUACCCUCUCUUAUGUUCUGUAUGUCCUUGUCAAAUAUGAGGUAUUUGUUUACUUUAGGGUAUAUGCUCACAAAGGCAUACUCUCUGAAAUCAUGGCUGAAGUAGGAUAUGUAUCUGGAAUUGUCCUCCUGUUCUUGCUCCCUGUGUCUCAGGUCGGACUGUGCAGUGCGGAGCUUUGCCUGGCACCCACACGCACAGAAGUGUGCUGUGGCCCUUUUAGACGACUCCAUCAAGAUCUACAACACCAAGAGGUAAGUCUGUUGCAAUGGUGCUCUCUGUGUGUCGUUGACUAUCAAACUCUACGGGCCGGUUUCCCGGUUUCGGAUGAAACCUAUGUCCUCAAAAUCAUAUUCAGUCAGACCAACCUAGUGCAGUGUUAAACUAUGGCACCGUUCCUACAUUGUUUACGUACGGUUUGUGAGCACAAUAUUGUCUCUUUUCUCUGUCUCUGUCUUUCUCUCCCUUAGUGCUACUACUCCCACCCUAAAGCACCGUCUGCAGCGCAGUGUGGCGGCUCUGCAGUGGAAGCCUUUGUGUGCGUCUGCCCUGGCUGUCGCCUGUCACAACUGCCUGCUUGUCUGGCACGUGGACCCCACCUCACUCUCUACCAGGUACGCACACACACACACACACACACACACACACGUGUACAUUAGAGAGUCAUUUCUAUGUCUUUAAUGUUCUUUGUCUCCCUCCCACAGGCCCUCCUCUGGCUGUGCCCAGGUCCUGUCCCACCCAGGCCACUCCCCCGUCACGUCCAUCGCAUGGUCACCUAACGGAACUCUCCUGGUGUCGGCCUCUCCCAGGGACACUGCCAUGCUGGUAUGAACCGUCUCAGUCCACACACAGCCUCUACUCUACUGCUGCUCAGCUGGGAAAGUAUUUUACCGGGAUGUUGUAAGGUCUUUUUGACUCUGGCUGUCUGUCUCUCUCUUUCUCACCGUCUCCUUCUCUCUCUGUCAGGUGUGGGACGUAGCUGUGGAGAGCUGUGUGCCUCUCCACCGUGUGGGAGGGGGAGGAGUCACGUACCUGUCCUGGUCUCCCGAUGGCAGUCGCGUGCUGGCAGCUACACCCUCCUCCCUCUUCAGGUCAGAGACGGUAGUGCAGGAGAGCUUCACGUAGUGUUGGUCUGCUUGAUAUUACUGUAUGUGUGUGUUAUUUACGUGUUUGUGUUGCUGCAGGGUUUGGGAAACCAGGAUGUGGACUUGCGAGCGGUGGCCUAGUCUGAAGGGACGCUGUCAGGUGAGAUACCUGGUCUCUCUGUGUGUGUGUGUGUGUGUGUGUGUGUGUGUGUGUGUUUGUCUGGCUAACUGUCUCUCUGUAACUGUCUAGUCUGGCUGUUGGAGUCCUGAUGGGAGUCGGCUGCUCUUCAGUGUGCAAGGAGAGACUGUCAUCUAUGCCCUGACUUUCACUGACACCCCAGGUACACACACACACACACAAUUCCAUGUACAAUAUGAAGCACACCAACCUUCUACAGUUGUUUCACACUGUGCUGUGUGCUUGCAUUGUUUGUUUUGAUGUGUUAGUUUUCCAUUCUGUCCACUAGGGAUGCCCUUAAGGAUGUCAGGAGGGCCAAAGGCAGCAACAGUGGUGGCCGACCUGUCUGAGACCACCUUAAAUACACCAGACGGAGAUAUCACGUAAGGAAAGGCCUGGGAUAACUAGUCAUUUACAUGAACUAGUUGUUGAUUUAUCAUUACAGAUUGGCUUAUUGUGUGUGUCUGUGUGUCAGGGUCGGAGGAGAGAUCCAGUCAUUGGCGUGGGAUCCGAGAGGAGAGCGUCUAGCCGUGCUUGUCAAAGGUCAGGCUUGUUCUCUCAUCUCCUCUUUCUCCAAGUUGGGAAUUGUGUGUUUGGACAUCUUCUCUCCUCCACUCACUUCCUCCCUCAUAACUGUUCCAUCAGGAGAUGCUGAAGCAGGCCGCCCUGCCAUGAUCGCAGUGUUCAAGACUCAAAUCAACCGCGCAUUUAAGCUUCUGCCAUGGUAUGUGCUCUAGUAUAUUACAUUGCCAGGAGGGUGUCUCAGUGUAUCUCUGGUGGUAAUCAGUUGUGUAUAUCUGUAUGUCAGUGGUAAUGACUGUCUGUGUGUGUGUCAGUGGUUUUGUCCAGGGGGAGGCCGGGACAGAGCCCAGACUGAUGCAGUUUAACCCCAACUACCAGCGUGGAGCCCAGCUCACUGUGGUCAGUCUCUCUACAAACUCUGCUCUUUACAUUCACGGGCCUCCAGUCAUUUAGAUGUUGCCUCACAGUGCUGCUUAAACUGAUCUUAAUAAAGCUAUAGUUCACUGAUAAACUAGAAAUGUUAAGCGGUUUUCAAACCUCAAAAGUCAUUUAUGCCUCAAUCCCAUUUGAAUGGAAUAGAUGGGCAAUGAGACUUCAACAUAAAAUGGUACAUGGUCUACAUACUAAUCAUUCCCUUUUACAUGGCUGUUGAUGUACGGUAGUUACUGUAAGUCGCUUUGGAUAAAAGCGUCUGCUAAAUGGCAUAAUAUAUUAUACACCAGUGAAUAAAGCACGAGGUCUAGUGAGGCAUACCUAAAUCCAUCCCAGUGACUGUAGUGAUGUUGUCUCUCUCCACAGUGUUGGUCCAAUGGGAAGAUUACCCACGUGCCUUUCUACUUUAUGAGUGCUGGGGCUCCCCAGCCCGGCCUGGGAGGCAGCCCACCUCUCCCCCUGUCCCAGGGCAGACCAGCCGGUUACAUCAACCAGACUCUCUACACAGAACUCAUCUCCUGACCACACACCCACACACACACUCAAACUAACACAGAAACCAUAUUUCAGUACAAUUUUAUAAUUUUUUGAACACUUUGUAAAUAAAUGUGCACGAAGUGUUACGCAAAUUGAGAAUGAUUGUGUCUUUUUGAAUUCCUA